GUUCAAACCUUGCACAAACACGUGUCUUUGUUUUGAAUUUUUUUUAUAAACAACAAAAAAAGUUCUAUUUUUUGAAAAAAAUAAUGGAAAAUCAGCUAGCAGAGGUUGUACAAUUCCUUCAAAAGGAUUCAAGGAUUGACCUGAAGUCUACAGCAUUGGCGAACAUAUUAGGACUUACUGGAGACAAGAGCGGUGUUGAGAUAAUUUAUUCAAAUGCUGAUUUACUCCGUGCUUUAGUGAAUUUAUUGACUGAUGAGAGUCAUGUAAUUGCCAAGGAUGCUUGUUUCUCUCUGAUCAAUAUAACAGCAGAAAAUGAUUCAGCAUGUGAAGCUCUAUUAAAUGCCAAUCCAUCAAAUAGGCAAGAAACAGGCUUGCUGCAAAUUAUCAUUAAAAAUGUCCUCAACGCAGAAUCACAGCUGACAGAUCCAAUGCUUUCCAUCCUAUCCAACUUAUCUCGACCUGAAAAUCUUCCAAACUCGAUAGUCAACAAUCUUCUGGAAUUAGACAACACAAUUUUUGAUAAACUAGUCAGCAUAUUUUCAAGAGCUGAUUACAACAAGCAGAAUCAAAAUCUCAAUUAUUUGGCAGCUGUAUUUAGCAACUUAAGUCAAUCAUCAGCAUUUAGAAAUUUAGUUGCAUCAUCGCAGACGAGACUAUUGCAACGACUCCUUCCAUUUAUAAGCCAUGAGUCGAGUGUGAUAAGAAGAGGAGGAAUUACUGGAUUUUUAAAGAAUAUCUGCUUUGAUUCGAGUCUACAUGAGUGGCUAUUCAGCACAGACGUCGAUGUUCUUCCAUUUAUCUUACUUCCAUUGGCUGGACCGGAGGAAUUUGAUGAUGAAACGAACGAGCAAUUGCCAAUUGAGUUGCAAUUUCUAGAAUCAGAUAAGACACGCGAAAGUGACCCUGACAUUCGUACAAUUUUAUUAGAAUCAUUAGCACAAUUGUGUGCAACGCGCAACGGAAGAUUGUAUUUAAGAAAUAAAGGAACGUACGAGAUUCUCCGUGAAUUGCAUAAAUUUGAAUUGACUAGCGCGGGCGAUAUGAAAGCUAUGAAGGCAUGCGAAGAUGUUGUUGACAUACUAAUCAGAACUGAAGAUGAAAUUGGAUAUGAUAAUCUAAAGCAGGUCGAAAUAUCGGACGAAAUGGUUGAGAAGAUUGAAAAAUUAAACGAGUGAGAGGGAAUAACUUAACAGUUUUUUGGCACAAAAGAUAAUAAAAUCUCUCUUUUUUGUGUCCUACGUAAUUUUUUUAUAAAAACACGUUUGGGGUCGUUCAUUUAUGACGUCCGAAAUUAACGGUCAUUUAUCAAAAAAUAAUGGAUUUCCUGGAAUUUCUAUUGUUCUUUACUUGCUGACCCCCC